AAGACAUAAUAAUAACAUUUCGAAACGAACACGCAGUUAUGCAGCCUAUUUAGCAUAGUCAACUGUUUGUGUUUUAAUGCUUUUAAAACAUUUUGCAUUUAACAUUUCGCCAGGAAGCCGCUUUGCAGUUCAAUCCUCGAUAUCAUGCCGUUUUCUUCGAGUCACCACCUCAUCAGCACUAGGCAGACUUCAAGACGAGACAGCUUCAACUCGACGAUAAAUCUGGACGAAAGCGAUCAAGAAUCUGUAAUUGAGGUCAAACCUGCCAAAGCCAGCGAAAAAUACCUGAAGGCCGUGCAAGGGAAACGGAAUACGAGAAGUUCGGCGGGAAAUUUUCCUGCGGUAGAGUCCAAACCUUCAGAUAAUGACAUUAUAUUAGUGGAGCAGCCUGUCCCACGCAAGAAAGCUUUGCGUGCAAGACCUACACCUGAUAUAGAAGAGGACUUUAUCAGCUUGGGUCCAGUAAACAAAUUAGCAAAGUUAAACAACAACAACAACAUCAGUAACAAGAAAACAUGCAAAAGUUCUCCGAGCCAAAGACCAACUAAACUGUCACCCUUAAAAUCAAGAAAUCAUCGGAUUGAAAAUCAAGCGAACCAAGUGGAAAUUGUGGAUUUGCUCAGCAAUGAUAUUGUAGAAGUGCAAACUCCACAACCUCAUAUCAGGCCUUCCCUGACUGCUAAAAGAACCAUGAGCAAGAAAGUUUGUGCCAAGGCCAAGAAGCGUUGCGCUUCUUCAGAAAUAUCACCAAAAGGUAAAGCGAAUAAAUCGCUCAAGGCUAAAGCCAGACCAGCUGUUGCCUCAACUUCGGCGCAGGCUGAUGAGGAUGAUGACUGUGUGGUUUUGUGGGAUUCGGCAGACAUUCUCUGCGUGUACCACAACAUCGCUCCAAAAGUUGCCAAUAAUUUGAUUACCCUGUUUGACAACGAAAACACCAUUCCGUUCAUCGCGCGAUAUCGGCGGGGACUGACCAACAACAUGGAGGCGGAGCAGCUCAGGGUGGUCAGAGAUGCAUACCAGGAGUUAAAGACUGUCAAGGAAAAGGCUAAAUCAGCAAUGGCCAAAAUUCGGCAGCAGGGUAGGAUGAAUGCACAAGUUCGAAAGAGCAUCUUAGCCGCGAAAAGCGUGUCAGAGCUUGAUGAUAUCAUGGCUCAGUUCAAAGUCCAGGCAAAAGGCACUCUAGCUGAGAGGGCGCGGAGUUUGGGACUGGAGCAAGUUGCUCAUCAAGUUUUGAAUGGUGAUGACAGACCUGACAUUAUCCAAGAUAUGAUCAGAAAAGACACUGAAGGGCUUCGGUCUUGUGAGGAAAUUGAAACUGGCAUCAUGCACAUCAUUGCAGAAGUCAUCAGCAAACACGAAGCUGUCUUGGACUUCAUAAGAAACUGCCCUCGCCAUGAGAUCGUGCUGGAAAGCAAGAAAAUGCGGGCCAAUAAGAAGCAAUCAGUGGAUGCAAAGAAGCACCAGAUGAACCAGCUGAAAUUCAAAGAGUUUCUGGACUACUCCAUCAAAGUUAAAUACAUUCGCCCUCAUACGGCAUUGGCUUUGAAUCGAGGCGAGAACUUGAAGAUCCUCUCCAUCAAGAUUGUGCCUCAAAAGAGUGUGAAACAUUCUUUCAUAAAACUGUGUGAAACCUUGUUUGCCUGUGUUGGCUAUGGCCACACUAGGAGUGGCAGAAUCUGUCAUGGCGCAUUUCUGGACGCGUGGGACCGACUUGUAGUGCCAGCCAUCUCAAGACAUGUGAGGUCAGAACUCACCAAAAUGGGCGAAAAGGAGAGUCUCAAUGUGUUCGCGUCCAAUCUGAAGCAAAUCCUGCUCAUGCCGCCACUCAAGGGUGCCACUGUCCUCGCCAUCGAUCCCGGCUUCUUGCACGGCUGCAAGAUUGCUGUCAUCUCUCCGUCGGGAGAGGUCAAACACACAGACGUUAUUCAUCCUGUCUUUAAAGACAGCAGCUUGAAAAGUCCAGCCUGCGAGAAGCUGCGUGAAGUUGUGAAAAAGUACACGGCCAAAGUGAUAGCCCUCGGCGACGGCACAGCAAGUGCUGAAACAUGUGCCUGGCUUGGCAAGUUGAUCGAAAAGAAGGCAUUUCACCCAGUCGAGGUCUCGUACACCAUUGUCAGCGAGAGGGGAGCCUCGAUUUACUCAUGUAGUCCCGUGGCCAAAGCGGAAUUUCCUUCUUUGGACCCAAAUGUGAUUAGCGCUGUCUCAAUCGGCAGACGACUGCAAGAGCCUCUGGCCGAGCUUGUCAAAAUUGAACCUAAGCACUUGGGGGUGGGAAUGUAUCAACACGAUUUGGCUGAGGCCAAACUGCAGUCUACCCUGGAUGAGGUGGUGCAAGAGUGUGUGAGCUUUGUCGGCGUGGACCUGAACACGGCCUCUGUGUACCUCCUGCAGAAGGUGGCCGGCCUCAAUGAGACCAAAGCUAAGAAUCUGCUGCAGUGGAGGAGUGAAAAUGGACCCUUCACCUCGCGGCAACAGCUUCUGGAGGUCAAAGGAAUCGGGCCAAAGGCGUACGAGCAGUGCGCUGGAUUUGUCAGGGUGAUACCUUCCAGCAGAGCUGGUGCUUGGCCAGGAAAUAAGGCUGUGCCUGUUGUGAAGGUCGAGAAAGGCCCCAUGCCCAAUUUGCUGGACAGCACCAAUGUCCACCCAGAAGCGUACACUUCAGCGAUGAACUUGAUCAGACUUGCUAGGGUUGAGCUGGAGGACCUUGGAAAACCUGAGUUCAUUCACAAAUUGAGCUAUUAUGUUACCUUUGCCGGAGCUGCAAAGAUUGCGACUGAAAUUGGGGUGGAAGAUGAGCAGGCUGUGACUCAAUUGACUGAGGCCCUGACGCAAGGUCCAGCUUACGACAUUCGACUGAAAAACGCUGGGCCUGUCUUCCGAUCAGGCUGCACCAAAAUAGAAGACGUGAAGCCUGGAGACACAUUCACAGGUUGCGUGCAAAACGUCACGACCUUUGGUGCCUUUGUCGAUAUUGGAGUCGGCCAGUGUGGUUUGCUGCACACCAGUCAGUGGAAUGGCGCUAAGCUUGUCACAGGGGAGAGAGUUGAGGUCAAAGUACUGAAUGUUGAGGUUGCCAGGAAGAGGAUUGGUCUUGCAUUUCAAUCAUGAACAUUUCAUUAUUCUGCCGACUCAAAAACCUCAACAGUGAGGGUGAAUAGUUAUCGUGAAUUUCUCUACUCAUCAGUUUUUAUAGCACCACUCCUUUUGUUAAUGGGAAUCAAAUAAUGUCUUGAUAUUUAUCUUGCGCCAAGAUCCUUUAUCAAGUGACUGAAUCAACUGAUUUAUUUUGGGUUCAUAUCUUGAAUUAAUUUUUUUAUUUGAAAUUCCUUCUGAAAGAAUGGUUCUAAAUUGUGCUAAUUUUCAGCAACUAGAACUCUCGCAAAAUUCAAAAUGAUAGGUUCAGGGGUCCGAGUUUUAUCAACCCGGUUAGAACCGGGUUAAACCAGAUAUUAAACCCUGGGUUUUUCAUUUCAUAUAAUAGCAUAAAAACCUUUAAAAUUUCGAAAAGUAUAAUGAUGAAAAAAUUAUCUGACAGUGAAAUGGUAAUUGUGAAGAAAACAAAGUUGUCUUGGCCCAAACUGGUUGAACCUGGUUUUAACCAGUAUAACCCAGCCCACCGGGUUUUUUUUUAAAAUUGGGUUUCUUCGAACCCUGGAUAUUUAUGUUUAAACUAUCAAUUGAAACUCUUUUUCUAUUUUCUGUGUGCAUAAAUUACCACCAACUGCCUAAGCUUAGUGAAUUGAUCACAAAUUGCAGUGUUUUGUAUAAAUUUAAUGUAAAAAUUAAAGUAAGCUUUAAGUUCAUGAUCUUGAAAUCUGUCUUGUUUUACUUAAUUAAAUUCAUUUAAGUUCAACAAUUUUCUAAGAAUCAAUUAAAUGAAAGAAGGGUAAUAAAUAUGUCUGAUAAAUAUAUACAUAGUAUUAUGUAAUAUAUUAAAAUUGUAAUCAGGUUGUACGCCGAUGG